UUGACAUUGACGCAGUUCUCUAUUCUCAGUUUAGUUAGUGCUGUCAGGAGUUCUGAUUUGAUUUGUAGUGUCAGUCACCUACUUUUAACAAUAGCUGUAUGAGUUAAAUUCAUAAUAAUUACAAUAGAAAGUUUUAUUUAUGUUAUAUUAUACUAAGUCCUACUUCCAUUAAGAAAAUGAAAAAUAUAUAGGCGAAUGUAAAAUAUUAAUAAAAUGUUUUCGAGGAAUAUUACACGUGUGGUUAAAUACGGGAUUUAUGGUAGCGUAGCAAUUGGUGGUACUGUUAGCGCUUUGAAAUUCCAAGAUGAGGAUUACAAUUCCCUGGCUAUAGUAAGGAUUACAAGAACUGCGCUCACAGCAGUGGAGAUUGGAAGGACCUACCAAUCUAUGCUAUAUAGCAAAGAAUGGGAUAGAACUUCCCAAGAAUAUAUAGAGGUCAAAAGUCAAGCGCAUCGAAUAGGAGCAGAAAAACUCUUGGAACUGUGUAAAGCUAAUAAAGGAGUCUAUAUAAAAGUAGGCCAACAUGUUGGUGCCUUAGAUUAUUUACUACCAAAUGAAUAUGUUACGACAAUGCGUAUUUUGCAUAAGAAUGCUCCACAGAACACAGUUGAGGAACUGUAUAAAGUUAUAGAGGAGGAUUUGAAACAAAAGCCCAGUGAAUUGUUCGAUGAAUUUGAUCCAGAACCACUUGGUACAGCUUCUUUAGCACAAGUUCACAGAGCGAAACUGAAAGACGGCAAUACAGUAGCUGUAAAAGUUCAACAUCAUUUUGUACGUAAAAAUAUUAAUAUGGACUUAAGAUGGAUGGAGUUUAUAAUUACAACAAUGUCCAAAGUAUUCCCAGAUUUCCAAAUGCAGUGGCUUGUUGAGGAAACAAAGAAGAAUAUAGCAAAAGAACUGGAUUUCCUGCAAGAAGGAAAGAAUGCUGAAAGAGUUGCAUCUCUGUUUAGUCACUAUAAGUGGUUGAAAGUUCCAAAAAUAUUUUGGGACUACAGUUCUGAAAGAGUUUUAGUUAUGGAGUAUGUAGUUGGUGGAUUAGUGAAUGAUGCUAAAUAUAUUGAUGAACAUAAAAUUAAUAGAUUUGAUCUAUGUGCAAAACUCGGGGACUUGUAUUCUCACAUGAUCUUUAUUAGCGGUUUUGUACACAGCGAUCCUCACCCUGGUAAUAUCCUGGUCAAACAGGACCCAGGGGAGAAAGAAGUAACAGUCUUUCUGUUGGACCAUGGUUUGUAUGCUCAAUUAACAGAUAAGUUCAGAUAUCACUACUCAAAACUGUGGUUAUCAAUUCUAUCUAGAGAUCGUGAAGAGAUGAGAAUACACUCAGAAGUAUUGGGUAUUCGUAAAGAGUUAUACGGACUAUUUGCCUGCAUGGUGACAGGGCGUCCUUGGGAUUCCAUUAUGAAAGGUAUACAGAACACUAAGCCAACAUUAGAAGAGAAAUCUACAUUCCAAAAUGAAUUACCGAAUUUUCUACAUUAUGUCACCCAGUGUUUAGAACACGUGGAUAGGCAAGCAUUGUUAGUACUUAAAACAAAUGACCUGAUACGUAGUAUAGAGUACGCCUUGGGUACACAGGAUAGGAUGUGUGGUUUCAGAGUGAUGACCAAGUGCUGUAUGCAGAGUAUAUACCAACUUGAAUAUAAGAAUUCAAAUUCUAUGAUCCGACGACAAUUCCUUAAUCUUAAAUAUGGAUGGUCUUUACUAUUGCUGUUACUGUAUGGAUUCUAUUUAAAUUUAAUUGAUAAAUCUGUAUAAUUCUAGAUAAAGUAAUAUAGGGAAAAUUGUCACCAAAGACGCCUUAUUUAUGCUAAUUUAUUGAAAUUGAGAUAUUGGGUUUACGGAAAAUGCGAAAAAAAAACAUAAUGGUAUUAUAGUUGAUGAAAAUGAUCAGUAUAUUAAAAUUAUAUUACAUAUUCUAUUAUCUAUUGUUUAUAAAUGUUGAUGAAUGAUGAUAAUAAUAAUAAUAUAGAUCCUAGUCAGUAAUACCAGAACAUGAAAUACCUCGGAAUUAUAAGAAAUAAGUAGGUAUCGUAUUAUUAGUACAUUGUAAUUUUCUUGUAAAUAAGAAUCAGACUCGAAGCGUUCGUAAUUGUGCUAUAUAACUAUAUUAUUUAUUA